GAGCCGACGUUCCAAAGUAGAACGCGGUACCUUCUGGCCCCAUUGCAGAGCGAGGAGGAGGUGACACCGAUGCCGAUGCCGAUGGGCCCGUUACCGGGCGCUGAGUUAGUUCAGACACCUCUUCAGCUGUACCGGUACCUGCUGCGCUGCUGUCGCCGGCUGCCGGCCAAGAACAUCCAGGAGCACUACAAGCACGCCAUCAAGCAGAGUUUCUACGUCCAUGCAGAUGAAGACAGCCCAGAGAGGAUCCGGCAGAUCAUCCAGAGGGCCAUUGAAGAUGCCGACUGGGUCAUGAAGAAGUACGAGAAGCCGAAGUAAGAGCCCGCCGAGCUCUCUGGAGCCCCUCGGCCGACGGCCCCCCAGUGGAGCAGAGCGCGGGGCGGAGGGGACACGUGCGAGCCUUCAGCGGCCCCUGCUGGGCCCCGUCUACCCCCGCCGGGCCGGCUGGCAGCAAGAGUUCUGUUUUGUCCACAUUUGGGCGUCAUUCGUUUACUCUGUGAACAUUCAUCCACACUCAUCAACGUCUAAACAGAAACACGUGUUUCUCGAACCUCUCUUGUGGGCCCAGCGCUGC